AUGAUGGGAAUUGCCAACGGAGUUGGUGAAAAAUUAGAUCAACACUUAGUAGAGAAGUUAUGUUUUAAUAGUGAAGAUGAAAUUUUUAAUAAAUUUUUUACACUUUGCAAAAUUAAUAAUGAGAAAUUUAAAAUUUUAAAAGGAGUAAAAGAAUCUUUUAUAAUAUCAGAAAAAAUAUCACAAAUUAAGAAAAAUCUAAUACAGUGA